AUGAUUGAGUAUCUGGCACAGAUGAAGUCCUCCGGUGAACCUCAAACGGAGACGCACUUGACUCAUUCACCUUUCGAGGAUGCUGUUACCUGCAAGCCUUCAGACGACUCCCUACUCAAUGAAAAGGAAAGAUCCGCCCGCGGUGCCUCUUACCCAACGUGUGACCUUGAAGACUCAAAAAUCUUCACCGCUCGCCGCGUACGCGUCCAGGAGCUCGGUUCCCGCAGCCUGCAAGAUGACGCCUCCACGAAUACCCAGCCUGUUGCAGGACCCGCCAGUUGGUGCAGCUCUUUCUCUUGUCUGCGAAGGAGCUGGUUUGGUUCCUCCUCAUCUCGCAGCGGAUCAAACUCGCGCAAGGGAUCAGAUAAAGACGCCGAGGCAGCCCAAUCUUUGCUCGGUCGCAGGCUUGGUGUAGGCUAUACCCCUACAGGAGAACGUCCGAUGUGGAGCGUGAGGGCUAAGAGCGCCGUAUCUGGGAACACGGUGUACCAUGACGCAGUCUCUCGUAUGGGUACUUUUGUUUCCCUUCCUUCAAGAGCAAUCACGCCUGCGAGUCAGAGGGGAAGCUCAGUACCUGCAAUGGACUUUGCACCUCCUAUACCGAGUGGAGCGCCCCCAACAUAUGAUGAUUUGCUAUGA